AGCACUGCAACAGUAAAGAUUCAGGCUCCGCUACCAAGCUGGCAAUUAUUCUCGAUGGGCUACAUAUUUCCUUGUUAAUGUCUUGUGCUUUGGAGAGCAAAUGGAAUAUACUCUGGCUGCCUCUAAGGGUCAUUUACCAAAGCCAACAUUGUAGGGUCUGCUGAAAGCAUUUGGAUGGCUGGAAGAGGAGAUGGUAGGGGAAAAGCAAAACGACCAAGCUGGAAUUCUGAGGAAGGCAAUGUAAGCUACAAAGCCCAUCCAGACACAGGGCAAAAAUCACACUUGUCCCCGCUAAUGGUUCUCACAGCACAUUUUCGUUCAAGCAACAGUGUGUUUUGUGUGUGUCUCUUCUAAAAGGCUUCCACAAAAGCCUGCUGCUCAUUUCAAGAAGGCUCCUACCAGUGUGUGCCAUGCAGUUUUGAGAACGAAAACAAGAUGUUUUAUCACACUGCAGUGCUGUCUGUGUUCUUGGUAGCAGCAUACCCCAGGAAAGUAAACUGUAAAAACUAACAUAGCAGAAGAAUUGAGCGGAUUUCCACCCCCUCCUCCUCUUCCCCCCUCCCCCCACCACCACCAGACUGGCAUAAUCAUUGGUGAGAAUAGGAAGAUUUGCCUUCACUGUAAGUGCCCACAAGAAGACCACUUUGUAACAGUCAUGCCUCUGGAGAUGGAGAAGACUGUGACCAAGCUCAUGUUUGACUUUCAGAGGAAUUCCACAUCUGAUGAUGACUCAGGCUGUGCCUUGGAAGAGUAUGCAUGGGUGCCUCCAGGGCUGAAACCAGAACAGGUUCACCAGUACUACAGUUGCCUCCCGGAAGACAAAGUGCCCUACGUGAACAGUCCUGGAGAGAAAUUGCGCAUUAAGCAGCUUUUGCACCAACUGCCGCCGCAUGACAAUGAGGUCCGCUAUUGUAAUUCACUGGAUGAGGAAGAGAAGAGGGAGCUCAAACUCUUCAGCAAUCAAAGGAAAAGGGAGAAUCUAGGGAGAGGCAAUGUUCGACCAUUCCCCGUCACCAUGACCGGAGCCAUUUGCGAACAGUGUGGGGGCCAAAUCAGUGGAGGCGACAUCGCUGUAUUUGCCUCCAGAGCAGGCCACGGCGUUUGCUGGCACCCACCCUGCUUCAUAUGCACGGUCUGUAAUGAGCUGCUGGUUGAUCUGAUCUACUUUUAUCAAGAGGGGAAGAUUUAUUGUGGCAGACACCACGCGGAAUGCCUGAAGCCUCGAUGUGCCGCGUGUGACGAGAUCAUUUUUGCAGACGAAUGCACCGAGGCCGAAGGGAGACACUGGCACAUGAAGCACUUCUGCUGUUUUGAAUGCGAAACGGUGCUGGGGGGCCAGAGGUACAUCAUGAAGGAAGGCAGGCCGUACUGCUGCAACUGCUUUGAGUCCUUGUAUGCGGAGUUCUGCGACACCUGCGCACAACACAUAGGUAUUGACCAGGGCCAGAUGACUUAUGACGGCCAACACUGGCAUGCUACAGAAACCUGUUUUUGCUGUGCUCAGUGCAAGAAAUCCCUACUUGGUCGACCUUUCCUACCAAAACAAGGGCAGAUAUUCUGUUCGAGGGCAUGCAGCGUGGGCGAUGAUCCUAACGGCUCGGAUUCGUCAGAUUCAGCAUUUCAGAACGCAAGAGCAAAGGAGUCCCGCCGCAGUGCCAAAAUUGGCAAGAACAAAGGGAAAGGGGAGGAAAACAUGUUAAAUCAGUGCAGUCAACUGCAAGUGACCUCAAAUAGACUUUCUGCAGAUGUGGACCCACUGUCGCUACAGAUGGAUUUGCUGAGUUUGUCUAGUCAGACUCCUAGCCUAAACAGAGAGCACAUAUGGAGGAGUAGAGAUGAACUCUAUCACUAUGGAAAUCAAAUGGAGCAAAGUCAAUCCCAAAGCCCCUUGCAACUUCUCAGCCAGUGUAAUAUAAGGACUUCCUAUAACCCAGGACAGGUCCCAGGCACUCAACCAGAUUUAUGGGCCAAACAUUUCAGCAAUCCAAAGAGAAGUUCAUCUAUAGCAAUGAAGGGGCAUAGUGGAAGCUUCAUCCAGGACUGCAGAGAAGAUUAUUACUCAGGAAGGCUUAGGUCACAAGAAAGCUACAGCGAUAUGUCUAACCAGAGUUUUAAUGAAACCAGAGGAAGCAUCAAAGUUCCAGAAUAUGAUGAAGAGGAAGAAGGCGGGAUGUCUACCCAACAGUGUCGAACAAGGCAUCCAAUCAAUGCACUUAAAUUCACUGAGGCCCUAACACCCACCGAGCGAACACCACGGGGCUCAAUGGAGUCCCUCGCCCUUUCAAAUGCCACAGGACUCUCUGCGGACUGUGGCGCCAAGCGCCAGGAGCAUCUCUCUAGAUUCUCAAUGCCUGAUCUGAGCAAAGAUUCUGGAAUGAAUGUCUCAGAGAAGAUGAGUAACAUGGGGACGCUGAAUUCCUCUGUGCAGUUUAGAAGUGCCGAGUCAGUCCGUAGCCUCUUGUCUGUGCAACAGUACCAAGAUAUGGAGCCGAACUUGCGCGACCUUGCCAAUCCCGUCAGUUACAGAGAGAUGCCAUCGCAUGGAAGGCUGCAUCAGAGUUUUGAGUAUGACAGUGGGAUUCCAGGGAACAAAAUUCCUGGACAGGAUAGUGCGAGACUUCCCCCUAUGAGCGAGCGCACCCGCAGACGAACUAAUCUCCGGGAUGACGAUCGGCGUUACCGCCCGCACAGACCCCGGCGGUCCAGACGCUCCCGCUCAGAUAACGCCCUCCAUCUGGCCAGCGAACAGUGCUGUCGAUUGAAAGAGAGGCCCUCGCUGCGAGCCAGAGAGGACUAUGACCAAUUCAUGCAUCAGAGAAGCUGCCGAGAGACGAUGGAACAGGGCCCCCGCAGAGACCUGUAUGGUCAGUGUCCAAGGACUGUGUCGGACCUUGCUUUGCAGAACCAUCUGGGGGAGAGAUGGGGCCCCUAUUUUGCCGAAUAUGACUGGUGUUCUACCUGCUCCUCCUCUUCGGAGUCUGACAACGAAGGCUAUUUCCUUGGGGAGCCAAUUCCGCAACCGGCCCAUCUCCGAUACGUCACCAGCGAGGAGCUCCUGCACAAAUAUGGAUCGUAUGGCAUGCCCAAGUCUUCCACGUUGGGUGGCAGAGGACAGUUGCACAGCCGAAAAAGACAAAAGAGCAAAAACUGUAUCAUAUCGUAACAGUGUCACUGCCUGGGCACUUUCUGAGAAUGUAAAUUAACUCAUAACCUUGCACUGUUUUAGAUCUUAUAUGCGCUUUUUAUUGUAACAAAAAGCCCUGAAGACUGGGGAUUUGUAAGAAGGUUGUAGAUUGGCUUCUAUAAGUAGUCAUAAAUCAUUGGCACGGUGAAUAUAUUUUGCACAUUUUACUUUGGAAAAAAACAAUUCACUUUAGCCUGGAGUAUUUACCUAGUAUUGUCCCUCUUUUUCCUAAAUACUUCCACUCCUUUAAGUCCAGUUUGUCCGUAUGGUUUAGUUACCCCUGUUCACUGUAAUCAAUAGCUCGUGUUCUCCUAAUGCGCUUUGGUUUUCAUUACCCAUUUUGGUAAGUAAUUUGUCUCUCAGUCAGUGCUGGAGUCUAAGUUAUUUCCAUGAUUGUUGUAAAUGCAAUGUAAAUGAGAGUUUGGAGAAAAUAUUUUUGUAUUUUGUAAUAUCAGAGGAAUUUCUAUAUCUUAGGAGUCACUGGGAAACGGCAUGCACAUUCAUAAUUGUUUUCAGCCAGAGCUAAACAAAUGAUACUUCAGAAUUCCUUCUCAUUUUGCCAUCAAAUGUAUUAAGUAUAUCAGUGAAAUCUUGGGGGUGGGGCAGGAUUAAGUCUUUUCAUUCCUGGGAAAUCAAAAGAACAUUUUAUGCUUUGUUCAAUCUUAAAGAGGCCUAGAUGGCGUUUUGGAGUCUGCUCACACCUUCGAUUUUCAGUUACUCUUAUCAGUGACGUACAGGAGUCUUUACAAUUGCAAAAGUGACUUUUUUGUCAAAUAGAAUAGAACCAACUACCAAAUGUCUGCAAAGUUUUAACAACCAAAGUUGGGGAAGGAAUUUUCCAUCUCUGUAGAGAAUGCUGAUGUUACUAAAUUUUGAACUAUUAUUUGGAGUAAAUAAAAGUGUAAAUGGUGCAAUUGUGUGAUGUCAGCAUGACGUCGUUUUGAGUAUAGAAUUGUCUUAUGGUGCUCUAGUUUCCUGGAUUAUGUUAACUGCUGUUCAUUACCAAAAGGAAUCUUCAACACUGCCUACUACAUAGAUCAUUAUAAAAUGAAUACAAACUAAUCACAUUGGGCUUCAUUCCAUCUUGGAGCUAUGCCCUGCCAAGUUCCCUUGGAGGUCAAUAGGAGUUUGGCAUGCGUAGUCAAAGGGUGGGAUUGAGCCCAUUAUUUGGAGCUAGAAUCAAUCUACAAAAGCAUCAACAUGGUAGAGUGUUAUAUAAAUAGGACUCAAAUGUAUUGUGCUGUAGUGGAUGUGAGUUUUUCUCUGUAUGCUUUAAACCAUUUGGGUCCUGACAUCAAGGUGUGUCCCCUCCUGUGCCCACAUGGGACAGUGCAGAGGGCAGAUUUUCUGUAGGGUUGUAAUAUGGGUGCAGUUUCUUUCACAUGUUCCCAGCCAGGGUGUUGCCAGGUCACGACAGCUUUUGUACUAUACUGUGGAGGGUUUGGGGACUCAACCAAUCGCCCAUUGGAGUUGAUGGUAAAUUCCCAUUGAUGUCAGUGGCAGAAGGAGCUGAGGUACAGAGGCAUUUAGGUGCCUAAAGAUGCAGCAAAGUGGCUCGUGGGAUUUUCAAAUGCUCCUAAGCAGGUCAGACACCACUGAAAGUCAAUGGGAGUUAGGCACCUAGUGGGGUUUACAAAAGCACGUGUCUGCAUAGUUAGGCACCGAAAGACCUCUAUACUCCUGACCCAUUCCUGCAGUUAGAGCCACAAAGGCAGAUUUCAUUGCAGGAUUGGGACCAAACGUAACGUGUUUUGUAACUGGGAACAAACUAUUGCCUGUCAAAAGCAGCGAAUGCGGGAAAUCUUGAAGAUGGAGGUCUCCAUACCACAGACUAUUGCUAGGAAAUUUUUGUUGUUUGUAAGGAGAAUGUGAUGAUGAUUAUUUUUAAAAAAAAAAGAGAGACACGACUAAGUAUUAAAACAACAAAUGUUUUUCCAGUUGGAAUAAAUGGAAAUAUUGAUCCAAAGGGGAAAAAGACCAAUGUGUGUGUGUGU